AUGGCCGCUGGUGGUGGAACGGGCAGCAAGCUCACGAGACUUAUCAUUAUCCUGGCGGGAGUAUCGUCGUUGCUUGCUACUCUAAUAUCGUUGGUAUCAAUAUGGCUCCAAUCCAAGAAUUACAGGAAGCCUUUGCUGCAACGAUAUGUCAUUCGAAUCCUGCUCAUGGUGCCCAUCUACUCCGCUGCCUCGUGGGCCUCGAUCGUGUCCCUAAGAGCUGCCUUCUAUCUCGAUCCUCUCCGUGACAUCUACGAAGCAUUCACGAUCUAUACUUUCCUGCAACUCCUCGUCAACUUCCUUGGCGGCGAGCGAUCCCUCAUCAUCAUGAUGCAUGGACGAGCUCCUGUCUCUCACCCGUGGCCUGUAAGCCUGUGGUGCUCCAAGAUGGACAUUUCGGAUCCGCAUACCUUUCUCCUGAUCAAAAGAGGCAUUCUGCAAUACGCGUGGCUCAAACCCAUCCUCAGUGUUGCCACCAUCAUCCUCAAACUCACGGGGACAUAUCAAGAAGGCUAUAUCUCCCUGACCUCGGGCUACUUUUGGACGGGCCUCCUAUACAAUGUCAGUGUGACCUUGAGCUUGUAUUUCCUAGCCAUGUUCUGGGUCUGUAUGCAUGAGGAUCUCAAGCCAUUCCGACCUAUGCCAAAGUUCCUAUGCAUAAAACUCAUCAUCUUCGCCUCGUAUUGGCAAGGAUUCUUCCUGUCUAUUCUUCAAUUCCUCGGGGCCAUCCCGAAUGACGUUCCAGGCUACACGCCGGACAACCUUGCUGCGGCCAUUCAAGACGCCUUGAUCUGUUUUGAAAUGCCCAUCUUCGCAGUUGCGCACUGGUAUGCCUUCUCCUGGCAUGACUACGCCGAUGUCACGAUUUCGGCAGCUCGUAUGCCAGUCAAAUAUGCCAUGAGAGAUGCCUUUGGUCCCAAGGACUUGAUUCAGGAUACAAAAGAGACAUUCAAAGGAAAGGAUUACGAUUAUCGAACGUUUGAUUCUGGGGACAAUGUCAUUGCUCAUGAAGAGUCUCACUCCCGGGUUGCCAGGAUGAUGGACGGCAUGAGAUAUGAACGGGGAGGCAAGGGCAAGUACUGGAUUCCAAAGCCUCAGGGGCCAAGCAGUCGGACACCACUGCUCUCAAAGGAUGGGUCAUCAAGGGCACCGGCGCCAGAAUCUCGAGGCAAAGCUCACGACUACCGAGCAACAGAACCAGAUAUCGAGAUAGGUAUUGAUGCGGAAGACGAGAGAUUGUUUACUAAUGCGCGAGCUCUGGAAUUUGGGGAUUGGAACUAUCCAGUCAUCACCGCACAUGAAGCACGACGCGAGGACUGGCUCAGGCGGGAUCCAAACUUGCUGACCACCUCUACAAACCGCAACCUCUUUCAGCCGACUCGUGACCGGAAGAGCCGCCGUCAGAGUGAAAUCCAGGAGAGCAUCCGAAAAGGCAAAAAUCGAAGCACGUCGCCCUCCGAAAGCUCCUCGCACCAGGGUGCCAUCGAAGCAAAAUUGAAGCGCCCCAAGGAGCGUUCCCCUUCAGCUUCUGGCAAAUCCGACCGCAGCCAGCUUGUCGAUCUCAUUGUCGAGGACUCGGAGGCAGAAGAGGCGGAGCGUGUCAGGGCUCGCAAAGAAGGCAGUGACGCUUGGAAUCGAAAACCGCAGCGGCAUUUUGUGCGCACCUACGGCAUCGACGAGGCGGCUCCAGAGGGGCAAACGAUACGAGAAGGUUGGGAUCCGGCCAAUGUGCCCUCGAGGCCGCCACCACCUGAGAGGGCUGUGAGUGAUGAUGAGAACAAUUUUGUUGAUAAGCUGGACGAAGAACAACCCUGGGCAGAACGCGGAGAAGGACAAUAUGCCAGCAUGAUCGAGGAGGACAAUGUGUGGAGCCGGAGUUGA